CCAGUCAGUCAGUCAGUCGGUGGGCCGCGUAGCCUUAGGACGCGCGCUCCUCCAGUGUAGUGAUGAUCAUGUCCACUCGCCUCGGGCCUCGGUGACGACGCGUGUGACCAAUACAUUAUUCCGCAUCAAGUGUCAACCAGUACUUCACUCUUAAGUCUUUGUGAUUUUGUUCUGCAUUUUUGUAAUGAUGGCAACAAGUUUCUUUUCGUUGGUGAAAGAGGAACCUGAUACAGGACACGAUAUUAUGGAAACUACACCUGUGGCACUGCCACCCACAAGCGUGGGCAUGGGCGGUCAUACAUCCCCGGGGAGCGGUGGCCCACAUGUAGGUGGCCCGCCCAUGCAGGCUGGCAUGCCUUUGACACCCGUUACCCCCACCAGCCUUCAGCCUCCCCCACACCACCGUAUCGAGAUUGACCCAAACUUCGAGCCCGUGGCACGCUCGCGCUCGAACACGUGGCCGCUGCCAUGCCCCGAAGGCUACAUGGAAGGGGAAGAGCCCGUGGCGGUCGCCACCGAAGGCCCGGUCCCCGUUGACCAGCCGCGGCCUCCGGGCGCCGUUGGUCCGGGCGACCCUCCGGGCGGCCCGCCCAAGAAGAACACCUCCCGCCGGAACCCCUGGGGCAACAUGUCCUACGCCGACCUCAUCGCACAGGCCAUCAUGUCGUCCCCCGACGGACGCGCCACGCUGUCCCAGAUCUACGAUUGGAUGGUUCAGAACGUGCCCUACUUCAAGGAUAAGGGCGACUCCAACUCUUCCGCCGGCUGGAAGGCAUAA